CCGAGGAUAUCUGCGAGAACAUCGCCAACACGUCCAUUGACAACGCAUUGUCGUCGACACAGAAGCGCAUGUACGCAGCAGUUCUUGAAUGCCCUGCGCGAGACUGGCUCGCAGCUUGUGCCGCGUGACCCGGACCACGACUCAGGUCCCCUGGGCCACGAGUCGGUGGUCAGCCCGCCGCAAGACAGCUCUGCCUCCACGCACAGCAGGGACUGGGAUUGGUGGGCCGCAGCCCGCAGGCCUCCGAUGAGCAGCCCGACGGUUGGCGUGACUCGGCCAUAGCCAGCCACUGGACGCCGACGUCGGGUGCUCCCCUCGGGUAAGGAGGCGGGGACUGGCCAACGCCAGCAACGACGCGCUGGUAUCGAUGCCUCGCCGAAACCUGCGGAAGCUCCAGGGAGCACAGUCAGCGCCUGCCUCGCACGUGGUCUCGGGGCCUGCCAGCACCACCGGCUCGUUCACCGAUAUGUUUACGGGCGACCACGAGAUCCUGCGCAACCACGCGUACUCGUUGUUGCCUGGCCUUGAGGGUAUCGGCUCGCCCAGCACCCAAAAGGCACAGUCGCCUGCUGAAGAACACGACCGCCAGCUCGGCCUGCCGCCAGCCGAUUACCGGCCGAUCAGUGCCGGCAGGCGUUUCCAGCACGAGACCUUUGCGUCAUACGAGUCGCCAGUCAGCGACACGGGCACUGGACGCACACAGAUUCUGGACUUUGAGGAGCAGCAUGUGAGCAAGGAGCCGGUUCAUAGGCGGCCGUCGGCGCGUCCGGCGAUCAAGGAGGUUGGCGAGCUGAUCUGGGGCGACUCCAACCCGACCCACGCGGAGUCCCUGGAAACUGCUGAUGCUCAGGAUCCCGCUUCUGCUGGCGUGUCGAGCUCGGUGCCAGUGAACAAGACGCCCGGCAUACUAGUUAGCUCAGACAAGGAGGACGAGUCUGCCGAGGACAAGCCGACUGAUCCCGAGACAUUGGCCAGGCUUGUGAUGGCGUCGCCGGAUCCGCGCAAUCUGAUCUACGACUCCAACUCGCGCUUUGGGUCCAUGGGGUCACCCGCUUCUAAUUCCCAGGAGCCUGCGCGCCACAUCGACUCGCUGUUUGCCGAUGACGGAAAGCCGCUGGCAAAUGCCAGCUUCGAGACAUCCAACCACAUAGCCGCCACCCAGACCAGCGCUAGUGUCCUGGAGGGUAUCCCGCUUGGCGACAGCAUUGCAACUGCCGAUACCGCCUCCAAGGAUUCCGAACGCCUGCCGGUAAUGGACGCCCUGCACAUCGAUACUCUGGCGCGGGUAAGCGUGCAGGCCCAGGCCUCACACGUGUCGCCGGCCACACAGAAGACCCAACUGACUGACUCGCCCGUCGCCCCACCUGCCCAACUCAAUGGCUCGCUGACACUACACGACUACGUGCAGCAGCAGAAGACGCGUCCCGACGAUCUGACGCCCGAGCAGGCCCACCGCCAGCUGGACUUCCGUGUCAGCCUGCUCGACCACGCCUCUUCGCCGAAACCACGUGCCGUCUCACUGCCAGUACCGCCGCCCCAGCCAAGCACCCCUGGCAUGCGGCCGCGCUCCGUAUUCGCGAGCCCGCCUGUGGCAGCCGCCCUGGGAGCGCGUAAUCUGCCAGCGACCUUCCAGUCCCUAGCCAUGGCGUUGAACGAGGAGUUGGCGGAUCGCGUGCUCUUUGACGCCCUGCUGGGCGAUGGCGGUGCCUUGCAGCAGCCGGCAUUGCAAGAGGUGCAGCGCCAGAGUCUGCCGUCUGCCCAGCCACUGUUUGAUCCUGAAACAGAUACCGGCGAGAACGGCGUGCCUGAAUCAGUGGUGCAGGCGUUCAUGGCCGGCGAUCUGACGGCAAUUGAUCGGUUUUUCGCCCACGUGAUGAAACUCACCGCUCCUGCGUCGGUCUUUGACGGGGACUUUUUCCGAUAACGACGACUGGGUUUACGGCCUUGACGGUCCGCCUGCGGAGACCCGGGGCCGCAACCAGAAGAACGUGCAGCCGAUGGACAUCACCGUGAUGCCUGUUGCCGCUGUGGAGUCCAAGGAGAUCGAUCCGCCGCCGAACAACACGCCGAUCCGGCGUCACCGCCUCAGGAGGAGGAGUCCAAGGCAGCCUCAGAGAGCUCGUCAGGACGCAAGAUCGCGGUGCCCAGGUCGCGCAUUGCACGUGCUGGUGGUGCAUCCCGCUCCAGCAUCCCGCUGUCGCCUAGUCUAUCGUCCAACCUGUCACCACCUCC